AUGCAAACGACUUCUGGAGCAGCAUUGUUAAACAAUUUAUCUUUCUGGGCAUCAAAAGAUGACAACAAGCCUGAUUUACUCUGUGGGAGGUCAGCCGAUUACUUUGUGGUCCAGAAGCAUUUCACAAUUAUUAUAUUUGCCACUAUUGUUUUGGGAGGGGUUUCAAAGAUGAUUUUAAAGAAUUCUGAGGCCUUUGUCUUGAUGGUUCUGUCUCUGUCAGGAUUUGUGACAGGUCAACUGGCUUACCAUUUUAUUGAGGUGCACCAGGUUGUCUACCCUCUUCUAAAAACACCAAGUUUUUCACUUUAUUGUUAUUUUUUACCUUUAAUUGUAUUUGUGGCUUCUCUGGAUGUGGACUUUUACAUAGUCAAGAAUGUGUUGUGGCAGGUCUUGCUAACGGGAGUGAUUAGCUUUGGUACAGCAUUUGUCACCAUUGCAUAUGUGGUUCUGAAAUUCAAUGAAGAUUCAUGGGAUCUGCAGUGCUGUUUACUCUUCAGCAUCACACUGUGCGUAAUAGACCCUCUCCAUUCCGUCAACUCGCUGAAAACGAUUGGCAUUUCUAAGAUGUACACUGACAUUAUCAGAGGAGAGUCACUGAUCAUUUGUAGUUUCACGUGCAUUUUCUUCGGCAUCUUCCGGGGCCAAACACCUAACGUUUCCAUGUUCAGGGAGUUACAUGUAAUCAUUGGGCUCAGCUUCGAUAUCUUUGGAAGCACAAUUUGUGGAUAUUGGUGUACAAGAAUCAUUCGGAUUAUAUUGACCGACCUUUUUAGCAACACGCUGACCAACGUUGUUCUCUGCUUUUCACUGGUGUACAUGACUUUCUACCUUGUGGAAUAUUUCGGAAUGUCGGGCAUUGUUGCUUUGGUCACGGUGGGCCUGAAUUUAGAUUCGUUAAGCUUUAAACCGAGGAUGGAAUUCAUAAUUACUAAGUUCUUAAUAAUGUGUUCAUCUGCAUAUGAACAUUUAAUAUAUGGUUUCUUUGGCAUUGUUGUUGGUUGUGGAGAAAUCAAGUAUUUCAGAUUUCACUCCCUAGUUUUCACUGUCACCUUAUUUGUAACAGUGAAUUUUGCAAGGUUGCUUACUGUUAUUUUAGUGAGCCCUAUUUUGAUGCAUUCAAGUUAUGAGUAUGAUUGGCGAUGGGGAGUUGUCAUCGCAUGGUCUGGAAUUAGAGGCGUUUUUAGCUUACUCUUGGCUCCUGAUAUUUAUAAUUUUUCUGAACAUAAAAUAGAGGCACCACAUAUGUUUAUAUUCUAUAUACAAGUACUAUCAUUAUUGACAACAGGAAUAAAUUCACAUAUGAUGCUUCGAUCAGCCAAGACAUUAGGUUUGUGUGCUCUCUCCCUCCCAAGACAAAUGGCCAUUCGAAAUGCCAUUCAACACAUACAGCAUAUUAUACGGAAUUCAAUAACUUUAUUUAAGACAGAAAAAAUUUUGACAAAUGUUAAUUGGAAUGUAGUAGAAGAAAAAUCAAAUAUUGAAUACAAUCCUGUUUCCCGUACUCACCAUGGUCCAAGAGAAGAGUCCCCAACAGAUGAAAUUUUAAUAGAAGAGGCCAGAUUGCAUGUAGCUAUAAUACAAAUGAGUAGCUUUGAAAAGCAAUGUAAUGAUGGAACCCUUGGAGUAGAGGCAGCCCGAAUAUUAAUUGGUGCAACCAAAAGCUACUGCCCCAUCCACGGAAAAUUCAUGAGUAUUUCUGAUGUUUCAACUUAUGUGAGAGCUAGAAGUUGGCUUAUAAAGUUUAAAACCAUGUUAACUUACUUGGAAUAUCACAAAGAAAGGAUACUUUUCACUGUACCUGGGAAUAAUAAAUUUCUGAUUUUAGUCUAUCGAAUUAUAAUUUCAGAAGAAUUUGAAUAUGCAACAUAUAUUGUAACAGUAAUGUAUAUUUUCCCUAUGAUAAUACACAUAUGGCCAACUGCAAGAGAGUUAAACAUAUCGGCACUGAUAUCCAUAAACUACUAUUUUAUGUUUUUAUAUACAUUAGAAUCAGCACUGAAGAUGCUAAUUUUAAAAAGGAAAUAUUUUCUUCAGAAUUGGAAUACUUUGGAUUUUUUCAUCAUAGUUAUAGGAAUCGUUGAUAUAUUGUGCAUAUACUUUGUAAAGCUGAGACCAGACAGCUUGAUUCUCAUUCAGUUUACAGUGGUAAUAGGAUAUUUAAGAAUAAUUAGGUUUCUACCUAUCUUUAAGAUUAUAAUACCAAUACUAAUAAAAAUGGCAGAUGUCCAGAUAAAAAAGAGCCUCAGCUUAAUGUAUAGUAUUACAAAAGGCUACGUCAAAAGUCAGGAAGAUGCCAAACUUUUGGUAAGGCAAAUUUCCGGUCGUGAAUCAAUCUAUCAGAAACUAUAUGACAUUUUAGAAAAAAACAAACGAGAGGCUGUUAAAGAACUAGGACUCAUAGAGCACGAAGGCCGAGAUGUUGUCAUUGCUCUCAAGACAAAGCAGGCAAUCCGCAAUGUGAUUGCUAAAGCCCUGAAAAAUCUCACCUUCCUCUGGUCAAGAGGCAUCAUUGAUAAGCAUGAAGGCAUUGAGAUGAAUAAGGUACUUCUUACAAAAAUAAAAGCCUUGAAUAACUUUCCAAUGGCAAUCCCGCCUCCAACCCCAGACAAAUACCUGCCCAACAUUGUUUGGAUGGAAAAUAAAGAUGUUCUCAUUGAUUUCUUCAAGGAAAGAACUAGACUUACCUAUUUUGACUAUGGAGAUAUCAUCUGUAGAGAAGGUGAAAUGCCACAAGGAAUCUUUUUAAUCAUUUCAGGAAUGGCAAGUUUGCAUAGCUCAUCUCCCACCUUUGGGAUAGACGCAAGCCCGAGGUUUGAAAGGCAGUUCAAGACUAUGUAUACAGAGUACUGCACCAGUGGGGAAGUACUUGGCGAGCUGAGCUGUUUGCUUAAGCGUGAAAUUGAAUUUACUGCCAUCUGUGAAACUACUUUGCAGGCCUUUUUCAUCUCCUUGGAGGAUUUAUAUGAAGGUUUUGAUGUCUUCUGGCCAUCUCUGGAAUAUAAAAUAUGGCUCAACUUGGCUCUUGUUACUGCGAGUCAGUAUUUUGAACAUGAUAUUGCUGGUGAGGAUUUAAAAUUUCAGAAGUGUGUGACAUCCAAUCAUGCGUACGUGGAGACUCUGUCAAGCUAUAAUGAAAUGACUCUUAACCAUGUGACUAUGAAAUUCAUUGUUCUUGUGUAUGGUAAUGUAAUUAACAGCAAGACAGAAGAGCCACAUGUUGCACCCAGCAUUAUUCCUAAGUCGUGUGAGCAGAUCCAGGGAAUUGCAGAUGUCAGCAAGCUUCUGAUAAUUCUGGCAUCGGAGCCUGUCAAAAAUGAUGAAGCACCCCAUGACAUUGGUAAGGGAUGA